AUGUUUACACCCAAGGACUGCACUGCUCUGGUCAAGAAUGCGAAGGUAAAAUGGGUGCCUUUCAGUAGUCGUCGAGGAAGUCGUACUUCGGAAAUGGCGGCUUUUCCGGAUCAAGACCAUACGCCAAAUGGGGCAAUUGUUAAUCCCUCCCUCAUCCUGCUCCCGUGGCGCCGACAGACAAAUGACGCGAGCGAGGCGUGGCCACGGACCAGGGCAUCGCGUUCUCCCGCCCUCUCGUCGCAGGAGGCGGGAGGGAGACGGUAUAUAAAGGUCGUCCGCCUCGUAGCAAAGGUCAGUCCGAAGUUAGUCCGAGUGGUGGGAGCCAGCGGACCUCAGAGCAUCAUGGGUACUCAGUGGGUAGUAGUGGUGGCGGCAGUCGUGGCUUGUGUCCUUCACAGCCCCGAGGCCAGGCCCACCCAGACGUCUCCAUCCAAAACCGCCUCCUCGCCCUCCUCCCCCAAGACCUCCGUCCGCCUCCAGAACCUGUCCCAAGCGGUGAAGGGCGACCUCAACCGCGUGUGGAACUCGCAGCUCGACCGACAGCGGGCCAAGGUCAACCUGCCCGAUAACACAGUCAAGUUCUUCGACCGCCCAGGCGAGGGCCGCUAUCUGUACGGCUUCGAGGCUGGCGACGACGGCCGCACGCACAUGCAGGCCUCCGACGGCAAGGGCCAGACAGUCGGGAAAUACUCGUACACCGACGCCCACGGCAAGGAGGUCGAGGUACACUACGUGUCCGAUGACAGCGGGUUCAGGGUCAUCAGCAACAACCUUCCCGAAGACACAGAGGACGUGAGGAAAGCCAAAGAGGAAUUCUUCAAGUUCUUCGAGGAGAGGAAGGCCGCUCACCAGGCAGACAAAGACAACGCCGCCGUGGUCGAGAUGAUCGGAAAGUCGGCCGUUCCGGUGGCCGCUGCGUCGACGGCGGCCAAAGCUGUCGCGGCGGAAGAAGAAGGCGAAGAAGGUGACGGAGGGGAAGAAGGUGAAGGAGAAGAAGAGAGAGGAAAGGAAGGUGAAGAGGAUGAAGAGGAGGAAGAGGAGGAAGGUGACGAGGAAGAAGACAGUGACGAGGAGGACGAGGACACCAUGAACGAAGAGACUUUGCUCAGUAAGUUCCAGAAGGACUUCGGCCGAAGACUCUAUGUCACAAAGAUCGACUACCCCGGUACAGCCAAUACGAUCUGA